GCUGUAACCAUUGGUUUCGCAGAUCACACCACAUCUCUCUUCCUCUCCAAAUUACCACUGCUUAGCCACCGCCCGACGCCACGCCACGCCACGCCACGCCCAGUCAAGAAAAUCCUAAUUCAACUCGGCAGGCGAGGAGAAGGUAGUCAUGGGUGAAGAAUUUAAACUGAACCACCGCGGCGGAACUGAUACGAUCCCUACUAUAAACCGCCCCAUCAGCGGCGGCGAUGAAAACAACGGCGAAAACCUAGCCAAAGACGGUGAGUUUGAAGGACCGGCUUCGUCUUCCGCCACGUCAUCAUUUCCAUCUCCAUAUUCCAAGAACAAAGGGAAGUCCUGCAAAGGAUGUUUAUAUUAUUCUUCGACCUUCCAGUCCAAGUCUCGGAAUCCCCUCUGCGUUGGUAUCACUCGUUCUUUACCCCAAGUCCCUCGAUAUAUAGUUGGGCAAUCAGAGGAGGAGGCUUCUAAAGCGGGUAGAAGCCUCACAGAUUUCAGGUAUGCUUGUGUCGGUUAUUCUGUUUACCCAGAUAACAAAUCUCACCCAACUGACGGACAACAAACACAGACGGAACUGCCAGCUUGUGUUGGUCUUGAGAUUCUACUAGAUAAAAGGAUUGUCCCAGCUAACCAUCAUAAUCGUGCUCCUGCACAGGCCCAUAAUCGGGAAGAUGUUGGAGUGCCUCAACCUCGCCCUCAU